CCGCCACCCCUCCCGCCCCCGGGGCUCGAGUCAACUGGGUGUUUCCUGCUUCUCAGUCCGGAUUUGGAGACUCCGGCGGCGUCCUGCGACUUUUCAUGGAAGAGAUGUCAGGAGAAAGUGUGGUGAGCUCAGCGGUGCCUGCAGCUGCUACCCGCACAGCUUCCUUCAAGGGUGCCGGGCCCAGCUCCAAGUACGUGAAGCUGAACGUGGGAGGAGCCCUCUACUACACCACCAUGCAGACGCUCACCAAGCAGGACACCAUGCUGAAGGCCAUGUUCAGUGGACGCAUGGAAGUACUCACUGACAGUGAAGGCUGGAUCCUCAUUGACCGCUGCGGGAAGCACUUUGGGACGAUCCUCAACUACCUUCGAGAUGGGGCCGUCCCCUUGCCCGAGAGCCGCCGGGAGAUCGAGGAGCUGCUGGCAGAGGCCAAAUACUACCUGGUGCAGGGCCUGCUAGAAGAGUGCCAGGCAGCCCUACAACAGAACAAAGACACUUACGAGCCCUUCUGCAAGGUCCCUGUCAUCACCUCCUCCAAAGAAGAACAGAAACUUAUAGCAACUUCAAAUAAGCCAGCCGUGAAGUUGCUGUAUAACAGAAGUAACAACAAAUACUCCUAUACCAGCAAUUCUGACGACAAUAUGUUGAAAAACAUCGAACUCUUUGAUAAGCUUUCUCUGCGCUUUAACGGACGGGUCCUGUUCAUAAAAGAUGUCAUUGGGGACGAAAUCUGCUGCUGGUCCUUUUACGGCCAGGGGCGCAAGAUUGCCGAAGUCUGUUGCACGUCCAUCGUGUAUGCCACUGAGAAGAAACAGACCAAGGUUGAGUUCCCUGAGGCCCGGAUCUAUGAGGAGACCCUGAAUAUCUUGCUGUAUGAGGCGCAGGAUGGCCGGGGACCUGACAAUGCACUCCUUGAGGCCACAGGCGGGGCAGCUGGACGCUCGCAUCACCUGGACGAGGACGAGGAACGGGAGCGGGAGAGGAUCGAGCGUGUACGGCGGAUCCACAUCAAGCGCCCAGAUGACCGAGCCCACCUCCACCAGUGAGCGGGCGUGCCCAUGCGCUGCCCUCCUUCACCUCCUUCCCCGCUCCCUGCACUGCCCCCCCCCCAAUCCUAUGCAGGUUUCCAGACACCUUCCACUUACCCUGGAGUCUGGAAACACUUUUGUAACAAGCCAGAGGAUUAUUUUGAUACUUUUCGACAAGGUGGAUUGAUAUCUUGACCCAGGUGUGUGCACCCCUGUUGUUGAGAGAGCUGUGUCUGAGGUCUCUACUUUUCGUGAGACUCUGAGAACUCGUGGAGCCAGGCUUGCUUGGUUCUCGGAGGGAAAGUAUGAAUGUGUUUGAAGUAUAUGUGAGAAGCUUUGUUUGCAGUAUUUAUUUUUGUGGGUGUUGACUACCUAUUAGGGCUUCUUGGGUGACACUCCCUUAAGGGUUCAGUUUAAUGGUCUUGGGGCCACCAGGGUGUCUGCUUCCUACCUACACCUUCCAACUUGGCAGGCCGGCUCCUCGUGUUCUGACUGGGCAGUCCCCACUGCUUUGCAGGACGUCUGUUCUGCAGAGUAGUCGCGAGGCUUCUGUGCCCCACGUGCAUGCGUAAGCAGUUCCAGCCGCAGCAGUGGAGGUGACUCCUGCCCCCGAGCAGCACAGCUGUGGUCUGGUGCUUGCUGCGCCCACCGCGUCUGCCACUCCGCGGGCAGUGGCUCUGCUUCCUUCUGGGCCUUGCCAUUGCUGCUUGCUGCAGGAAGGCGUCUCUGCCACCCGGUGGGCCGCAGCUCUCAACGUGCUGCUCUCAGGGACCCACUUCCUCUAAGUGGGGCUUGCUGCAGUGACUGGGUGACUGUCCUUUGCUUAGAAAUUCUGUGGCCCCAGACACAGUCCUCGUCUGACUCCAGGCUGGGACACCGCUAUACCCCAAGUUGCAGGGAGCCUGCCUACUGACUGAGGGCAGUGUCCUUGCUGGAAACCCCUUCAUGUCUUUGAUUCUACGCAGAAUAGAGGGGUGUCGGCGAGCAGGUUGAGAAGGUGUGCAGAUACCUUUGGGUCUUUUUGUAUUGUGUCUGUUUAAGGGAUGUGUGUGACUGUCGGUGGGGAUGUGUGAUUGUGGGCACAGGUGGCCCUGGCCAGAGCCGUGCUGAGCGCACAGCGCUCGUGUAGGACGAUGUUCUCGGUGACCUACCUCCAGGUUCCUCUGCGCAGGAACCCAGGCGAGCUGUGACUGACGUGGGUGGUGAGAGCAGACUAGGUGGUCACAAGGAUGCAGGUGUGUGAGGAGUAGUGGAUGGACUUUUGUCUGCUUGGUAAAGGAAUUGUUAAUGUUUUAGACCAAAGGUGUUAAUAUGGGCAGCCUCUGACACACGCAUUCCCCCCCCAAAUGAGUGUCUAUUUUGUGACGGUUUUUACAGCUCAGACUUUGUACAUACUGCCCUACCUGUGACAGUUGUAUGCCUUUCUUUUGUAUCCGGCAGCAAAGCCUACAAAAAAACUUGCGAACAAUCAUGACUGAACCUAAGAACCAUGUACUGGGUAGAUGCUUUUUAAACGAUUGUGUGAAAAACUUUUGUAUUAGGCUAUUUGGAUUUUAUUAAGUGCUAAGAAAAAGGGAGCUUACAAAAUGUCCCAUAAAUGUUUUAUAUUGUUUGUCUUAAACGCCAACCCUGCCAUUUGGGUUGAGCUUUUUUAGGAAGUUAAAGGGAAUGUCAGUUCUUAUGUUUUCUGUAGGAAUGGAAAAGCCAUUGUAUAAAUUCUGUUUUGUAAAUGCUGUUUGUGUGCAGAGUAAGUUUGUAGAACAGUCUGAUGACUUGUUUUGGUUUCUGCGCCUCGUGACCUACGGCUGCUGGCAGCUCUCUCUUCCCCUCCCCUUCCCCGGAGUGUGGACAGGAGCAGGUUGGAAGAUGUUCCUUGGUGAAAGGGGUUCUCAGCCACGUCCAGCCAUGAGCUGACAGCGUUAGCUCUUCCAAAGCUCUGGUACCAAACACACUGUACCGGGAACUGACUUUUCACAAGGGGCGAUAGUAUUUAUAGUCGUGAAUAAUCCAAGUAAAACACUAUUCUUGGAGUUGGUACAGAGUAAGCUUUUAUUACACUGUAAAUAGCUAACAUUUGAAACAAAAGUUUAGAACAGCUUUUGGUCCAUGGUAACCAAGUUCAAUAUUUUGAAUCAGUCCUUUCUGAUUGUGGCGAGUGUGGGCCAAGGCUGUCACAGCUCCUGGCAUAGCGUCUCUUUCCCACUGCCUUCCUGUGCUGGACGGGCUGGUUGGCCUCUGCGCAGGUCCUGGGCUCAGCUAGGUGUACCCUCCCGCACCUGGUCCUCACAGCUGCUCUUCAGCACCUCCGUGUGAACAGCACUGAGUGCUGUCUUCAGGACUCACCAGAGUCACCGUCACACUGUUAAGCAUGCCAUCAGUCUUCUUGUAUCUCUGCACUAUGAAAAAAUACUGUAAGCUUUAGAAGCGGUCACCGUGUCUGUCUUGUACAAGCCUUUGUGGACGUAUGUCAAAUAAACUUACAUGAUGCUUCUA